AUGGCACAAGGGAAACCUCGCCUAGUCAUUGUCGGCUCAGGCUGGGCCGGCUUCUACAUCUCCCAACACAUCGACCUGUCCAUCUACUCCCCCAUAAUCAUCAGCCCACGCCGCACAUCCGCCUACACGCCCCUCCUAGCAUCCGCGGCCACCGGCCUCUUCAACUUCUAUCUCGCUGAAGACAGCGUCCGCUCCAAGUCCCGAUCAUUGGUGAAAUUCAUCAAAGCCAACGUCCUAGACGUCGACUUCUCCUCCAAAUCCGUGCACUGCGCCCCAGCCUUCGAAGAGGAUGAAGUCCUCUCCCGCCAAGAAUUCACCGUCGACUACGACAUCCUCAUCCUCGCCCCGGGCUGCGAGCCCAACACCUUCAACACCCCCGGCAUCCGCAAGCAGCUCUUCGACCUCCUCGAGAAAGCCUCCCUUCCCAACGUCUCCGAUCAACACGCCCGGGACCUCCUGCACAUCGCCAUCGUCGGCGGCGGGCCCACGGGCAUCGAAAUCACCGCCGAGCUAUCCGAUCUGUGCAAAUCCGAGAUCGCAGACCUCUACCCAGACGUCGCCAAAUUCAUGACCAUCAGCAUCUACGACGUCGCCAAGAACAUCCUCAGCGCCUACGACACGAAAUUGCACGACUACGCUACCCAGCGUCUCGUCGAUCGAGGCAUCGACGUCGCCACGGGCACCGUAAUCGAAGAAGUCGGACGCGACUACCUCACGAUCAAAGGCCGCGGCCGCAAUGUAUCCCUAGUCGAGAAGCUGGACGUUCUGCUCAACGACAAGGGACUCAAACGCAUCCAGACAGACGACCGGCUGCGCGUCUUCAUCUACCAAAGUACUCCUGAAGGCGAGAAGCCCACGUCUAUCCACCCGAACGUCUACGCCCUAGGCGACGCCGCCGACAUCACGCACGCUUCAUUGCCUACGACGGCCGAAGUUGCCGUGCAGAAAGCGAAAUACUUGCACGACGGCGUCAUCGCGGGCAAAGGGCCCGACCACCCCGGCUGGACGGGCCAGGCGGCCUGGCUGGCGUGGCGGAGCGGUAGUCUGAUGUGGAAUCGCAACUGGAGGAGUCGGUUCGCAAUCGUGUUGACUUGGGCGUUGAACAAGGUGUUUGGGAGUGAGAUUGCGAAGAUCUAG